ACAAGGAUGUUUACCGAUCUUCCACGAGAUUUAGAAACAGAAAUACUCUCAAGAGUUCCCGCCACAUCUCUACAAAAAUUGAAGCCUACUUGCAAACGGUGGUACACUUUAUUCAAAGAUCCGGAAUUCCUCAAGAAGCAUGUGGGUAGAGCGGAAAGGGAGGUGAUUUCGCUGAUGAGUCUCAGGGUUUAUUCACUUAGUGUUAAUCUCUCUGGAAUCCACAGCAGCGUUGAAAUGACAGGUAUGUUAAACAGUCUCAAGGAUUCUGAAGAUGUCAAAAUAUCUGACAUCACUGAGUGCAACGGUUUAUUAUUGUGCACCACCGAUGACAGUAGACUUGUGGUUUGGAACCCUUAUACUGGUGAAACCAGGUGGAUCCCUUACAAAUCCAACUCACCUUAUGAAAUGUACCAGAAGUUUGUUUUGGGAUACGACAACACCAAUAAAUCUCGCUAUAGCUACAAAAUCUUGAGGUGUUACCACGGCUUGAUCGACUUUGGUUAUGAGUUUGAAAUCUAUGAGUUUAACUCUCAUUCAUGGAGGAGAUUUUAUGACAACUCUCCUAAUUGUUCCUUUGAAUCUAAGGGCGUGACACUGAAGGGCAACACUUACUGGUUUGCUUCAGAUACUGAAGGCCGCCACAUCAUACUCAGGUUUGAUUUCGCAACAGAGAGAUUUGGACGUCUCUCUCUUCUUUAUCAGAGUGGUGGUUAUGUUGAUAAUGUUGUGGAAACUGGGGUUUUAUCGGCUGUUAGAGAAGAGAAACUUGCGUUGUUAUAUGAGAGGUUUGAUGAGCUGAAUGAUUCAUCAGAGAUGAAGAUAUGGGUGACGAAUACUAAAAUCGUCGAGGCCAAAGACUUGUCGUGGAGCGACUUCUUGGUAGUGGAUUCCUCUAAAUUUAUGGUAACAAGGAUGACGAAUGUGAUGAGUUUCCUGGUGGACGAGGAGAAAAAAAUGGUGGUGGUUUGUGAUACAGACAUUGAUCAACAUAUGAACAGAUUUUACAUUGUCGGAGAGGAUAUAUACAAAGAAGUUUAUAAAGAUAUUGCACAGGGAUGGUUUUCCUAUUGGCCACUUCUCAUCAGUUAUGCUCCAAGUCUGGUUCAAAUUCAGCAAGGUAAAGUGAUUCCCGGAGGCAAAAGAAAAAGGUGAUUAG